AUGGCCAGCAUCACCCAGCUCUUCGAUGACCUGUGUGAAGCCCUCCUGCCUGCUGCUAAGACUCACCUGGGCCAGCGCAGGGUGAACCGGAAGAGGGCAAAGCAGAGUCUCAAGAGGGUGGCCUACAAUGCUCUUUUCACAAAUCUUUUUCAAGAUGAGAUGCAUCAGCUGCAGCCUGACCUGUCAAAACUCCCAGUGAGAAACAAGAUCCUCAUGUUGUCCUUUGACUUGAGAGUGGGUGGCCUGGGCCCCGAGGCAGACCGUUUGGAGGAGCUUGUGGAGGAGCUUGAAGCAGCUCCUUGCUGUCCGGUUGCGGAGGUGGGGUCUGUUUUGGAUCUCCUGGUUCAGCUGGCAGGGAGUGGUCCCCCUCAAGUACUGCAAAGAAAACGGGGCUACUUCCUUAACAACAAACAUGUUGGGAGAAACGUUCCAUAUGGCGGGUACGAUUGCUAUGACCUGAGUGUGUUUGAGAUGGACAUUCAGUCUUUGAUAUCCAGAGAGGAAUCUUUGUGUCACAGCAUGACCCAGGAAACACUUCAGGUUAUGGAGGCUGCCCCAGGCACUGGCCUGCCCACUGUUGGGCUCUUUUCAUUUGGUGACCCUUGUAGUGACAGAUUUGAGAGAGACACCCGGGUCUCGCUCUUUGGUGCCCUUGUGCACAGCCGCACUUACGACAUGGAUAUUCGACUGGACCUGCCUCCGGUGCCAGACAGUGCAGACCUGUCUGGACUGGCCAUUAAGGUUCCUCAGAGCGUGGAUCAGUGGGAGGACGAAGGGUUCCAGUCAGCGUCCAAUUUGACGCCUGAUUCCCAGUCUGAACCCAGCGUGACCCCAGACGUGGACCUGUGGGAAGCUGCACUCACGUAUGAGCCCAGCAAGCGGAGGUGCUGGGAGCGAAUCGGAUGCCCCCCUGGCCACAGAGAGGAGCCCUACCUUACGGAGGCAGGAAGGGACGCCUUCGACAGGUCCUGCAGGCUCCGCCAAGGCGAGCUGCAGAUGCUCAGCGGGGGCCUCCUGCAGGCCCCGCAGCCCGUGCUGGUGAAGGAGUGCGAGCUGGUGAAGGACGCACUGAACGUCCUGAUCGGGGUCGUGUCCGCCACGUUUUCCCUCUGCCAGCCGGCCCAGGCCUUCGUGGUGAAGCGCGGCGUCCACGUGUCAGGAGCGUCUCCCGAGAGCAUCAGCAGCCUUCUCUCGGAGGUGGCUGAAUACGGGACGUACUACACACGCCUGAGCCACUUCUCCCUGCAGCCCGUCCUGGACUCCUCAUACAGCAAGGGCCUCGUGUUCCAGGCCUUCACCAGCGGCCUGAGGAGGUACCUGCAGUACUACCGGGCCUGCGUUCUCUCCACACCGCCCACCUUGAGCCUCCUCACCAUCGGCUUUCUCUUCAAGAAACUGGGCCGACAGCUCAGGUACCUGGCUGAGCUCUGUGGCGUGGGCACUGCGCUCCCGGGAGCCAGCGGAGGAGGGCCCAGGGCUGCGUUCCCCACGGGAGUGAAGCUGCUGUCCUACCUGUACCAGGAGGCGCUGGACAACUGCAGCAAUGAGCACUACCCUGUGCUGCUGUCCUUGCUGAAGACCAGCUGCGAGCCCUACACGCGGUUCAUUCACGACUGGGUGUACAGUGGGGUCUUCAGAGACGUUUACGGCGAGUUCAUGAUCCAGGUGAACCACGAAUACCUGGGCUUCAGAGACAAGUUUUACUGGACCCAUGGCUACGUGCUCAUUUCCAAGGAGGUGGAGGACUGCGUGCCCGUGUUCUUGAAGCACAUCGCCUACGACGUGUACGUCUGCGGCAAGACCAUCAACCUGCUGAAGCUCUGCUGCCCCCGGCAUUACCUCUGCUCGUCCGACACCCCUGUCCCUCGCAUCUCGGUGAUCUUCUCCCUUGAGGAGCUGAAGGAGAUUGAGAAGGACUGUGCUGUCUACGUGGGGCGGAUGGAGAGGGUGGCUCGUCACAGCUCCAUCAGCAAGGAGGAGAAGGAACUACGUAUGGAAAUUGCAAAGCAAGAGUUGAUUGUCCACGCCCGGGAGGCAGCGUCCAGGGUGCUGAGUGCGCUGAGUGACCGGCAGAUGUCGGAACAGAUGGCCUUGGACGCCCGGAAGCGAGAGCAGUUUCAGAGGCUGAAAGAGCAGUUUGUGAAGGACCAGGAGCGACGCCGGGCGGCCAGACAGGAGGAGCUGGAUGACGACUUCAGCUACGCCCGCGAGCUCCGCGACAGGGAGAGAAGGCUGAGGGCCCUGGAGGAGGAGCUGGAGAGGAAGGCGAGGCAGGCGCUGGUCGACCAUUACAGCAAGUUGUCCGCGGAGGCGGCUCGGCGGGAGCAGAGGGCGCUGUGGAGGAUCCAGAGGCACCGCCUGGAAAGCGCGCGGCUUCGCUUUCUCGUAGAAGAUGAGAAGCGCAUCCAGGGCAUGCUGACAGACGUGUCGGAGGUUCACAAGCCCCAGGAGCUGCUGGCCAUCCUCCCGAGUGAUUGCUCCCAGGCCGUGUCUCUGGGUCCUGAGCACGCAGACGGAGGCCGAGGCUGUGAUUCCAGGCUCAGAGAGCAGCACUUGGCAGCCUGGCAUUGCCCCAGCAGGCCGAGCAUGCCGACGCCACAGCUCCUGGAGGCUGCAGCGGUGGGGGCUGGUGGCACGGGGCCCCAGCAGGUGGCGGGGGCUGAGCAGCCUGUGCAAACCAGCGAGGUCCCGCUCCUGGAGGAAGUGCUGCAGACCAUCGGCUCAGACCCGCCCUCCUCGGCUCUCGGGGAGACACCUGCAGCAGCCAGCACUCAGCCCUCCGAGCUGCAAGAGUACGACUUCAGUACUAUCCUGCGGCCAGCUGUGGCCACUGCGCCUUCACCAGGGCCCUUCCUGGCUGCAGAGGGCUGCUUGGGCAGCUUGGAGCAGCCGGUGUGGGGGGACACCUGCAUGCAGCUGGAUGCACGUGUCCCUGACACACAGGUGGCUCUGCCCCAGCCACAGCCACCCGACCACGUCAGUCCUGACGGGAGCAGCCGCCCCACAGAGCAGCUCUGUGGGCACCUGUCGGGGGCUGGUGUUCCCACAGAAGGCUGCGCUCCUGGAACAGCUCCCUCCCGGCCACGGUGGAACAUCCACGGACAUGUGUCAGACGCCAGCAUCAGGGUUGGGGAGAACGUGUCAGAUGUGGCUCCCACUAGGCCACGGUGGAACGUCCACGGACACGUGUCAGAUGCCAGCAUCAGGGUUGGGGAGAACGUGUCUGACGUGGGUCCCACUAGGCCACGGUGGAACGUCCAUGGACACGUGUCAGAUGCCAGCAUCAGGGUUGGGGAGAACGUGUCAGACGAGGCUCCUACUCGGCCACGGUGGAACGUCCACGGACACGUGUCAGAUGCCAGCAUCAGGGUUGGGGAGAACGUGUCUGACGUGGCUCCCACUAGGCCACGGUGGAACGUCCACGGACACAUCUCUCAGUCCCACAUGCUGCCUGGGCCACUGUCACCAGAAGCUGAGCCCAACAUACCCACGCCCCACCAGAUCCCCCCUGGCCAGCUGUCCCAGGCAGGCCUCAGCCUGGGGACACAGAGCCCUGCCCUGGAACAUGGGCCACAGUCCCCUGUAGAAACGGUGCUGUCCAUCUGCUCCUCCAGCUCGGGCAGCAGGGAAGAGAGCAGCCUCCAGACCUCGCCCUCUGCCGUGGCCAAGCCCGAUGUGCUGGGAGACGGCGUCCCCGAGGAGCCAGGCCCCGGGAGGAGUGGAGGCGCUGAGGACCUGUCUCCAAGUUGGCCUCUGAACCCACAGGAAGACACAGCUGCCCCGAGCAGCCCAGGCUGUGGCAAGGAGGUGGUGGAGGCGGAGGCGGAGGCAGAGGCGGAGGCGGAGGCCCGGCGCUGGGGCCGGGAGCAGGCCUACCUGGCAGGCCUGGCCAGGCAGUACCCGCUGGAGCAGUACCCGGACAGCUACGAGUGCAUGUCGGAGCCUCCUGCUGCCCACCUGCUACACCACGUGCGCCCGCGGGCCUUCGCCUUCCCUGUGGACCCCCACGUCCAGUCCGCCGCGGACGAGACUGCGGUGCAGCUGAGCGAGCUGCUGACGCUGCCCGUGCUCAUGAAGCGCUCCCUCACGGCCCCGCUGGCCGCCCACAUCUCCUUGGUGAACAAGGCCGCGGUCGACUACUUCUUCGUGGAGCUGCACCUCGAGGCGCACUGCGAGGCCCUGCGGCACUUCCUGCUGAUGGAGGACGGCGAGUUCGCGCAGUCCCUCAGCGACCUGCUCUUUGAGAAGCUCGGGGCCGGCCAGACGCCGGGAGAGCUGCUCAACCCGCUGGUCCUCAACUCCGUCCUGAGCAAGGCCCUGCAGUACAGCCUCCACGGGGACACCCCGCACGCCGCCAACCUCUCCUUCGCCCUCAAGUACCUGCCGGAGGUGUUCGCGCCCAAUGCCCCGGACGUGUUGAGCUGCCUGGAGCUCAGGUACAAGGUCGACUGGCCCCUCAACAUGGUCAUCACCGAGAGCUGCCUGGGCCAGUACAGCGGCAUCUUCUCCUUCCUGCUGCAGCUGAAGCUCAUGAUGUGGACGCUCAAGGACGUCUGCUUCCACCUCAAGCGCACAGGUAAGACUGCGCGGGACCCGCCCCGGGCCCGGGCCGCCGCUCACCCUCUGCUCUGCCCUCGUCCAGCCCUGGUGAGCCACGUGGCCGGCUCCGUGCAGUUCCGCCAGCUGCAGCUGUUCAAGCACGAGAUGCAGCACUUCGUGAAGGUCAUCCAGGGCUACAUCGCCAACCAGAUCCUGCACGUCACCUGGUGCGAGUUCAGGGCCAGGCUGGCCGCGGUGCGUGACCUUGAGGACAUCCAGCGCGCCCACGCCGAGUACCUGCACAAGGCCGUCUUCAGGGGCCUGCUGACGGAGAAGGCGGCGCCGGUCAUGAACAUCAUCCACAGCGUCUUCAGCCUCGUGCUCAAGUUCCGCAGCCAGCUCAUGGCGCAGGCCUGGGGCCCGGCCGGCGGGCCUCGGGGCGCUGAGCACCCGAACUUCGCCCUCCUGCAGCAGUCCUAUAGCACCUUCAAGUACUACUCCCACUUCCUGUUCAAAGUGGUGACCAAGCUGGUGAACCGCGGCUACCAGCCCCACCUGGAGGACUUCCUGCUGCGCAUCAACUUCAACAACUACUACCAGGACGCCUGAGGGCCUGCUCCGCGCGGACGCGAGGAAUAAAGAAAAAGCCGGUGUUCCCAGCCGCCGCUUCACGGCCAUCUCUCCAACGCCAGCGCUGCCCCUCACUCGCCGGCUCCAACGGCAGGAGCAGGGGUACGGAGGUGUCCACUGCGCGGCCCGCACAGCGCAAAGCACUCGGGAAGCCACUGGCCACGAAAGCCACCCGCAAGAGUGCGCCCUCUGCUGGGGUGAAGCACCGUGGCCCCGGCCGUUCUCCGAAACCCGCUGCGCUUCUCGCUCGCAAUGGCCCCUUCUGGGCUCUGGUGCCAGACGGUGCUAGCUCUCCACGCGGGGGCCUGGAGGCCUCUCUGGUUGGCCGGUUUGAAGACGCCAGCCUGCGUGCUGGCCACACCGAGCGGGACAGAAGCAGGUACUGAAGUUUUUCCAUUUUCAUUUGUAUGUGAAUUUUUAACAUAAACGUGGGGACAUAAAGCAGGAACGCAGGUCAAAAUGCUUCCGUGAACGAGUCUUGCAGUUUGACUUACAACAACGAUAAGUAAACCUGUUAAACUUUUCUGGACAAUGCCAGCAUUUGGGUUUUUGAAAAAUAAGAGAAUUGUUAUUGACGGGAAAAGGAAAAGCAGAAUAUAAGAAAGGACAGUGUCGGCGGCCUGGGCGGGCCUCGCGCUCAGCGCCUGCGGGUGAGGGGCAGGCUGGACAUGCGGACCCCAAGCGAACCCACGCAGCGAGCGUGGCGCCGCGGCCGCGGCCAGACCCGGGCUGGGACGCAGCGGUGUCCAGGACCCUCCUGGGCAAGAAGGCACCUGCGACAACUUAGAAACGUCUCUCUGAAGAAUAAAAACUCCUGGGAAGACAAUGUGCACGACCUCCGUCAUGCCCGGACGCCUAGGCCGAGCGGCGGCACGACGGGGCGCACCUGGACCUGCCACACCCUUAUCUGGGAGCCUGAGUGUGAGCCACACCUUGGACACCUGGCCUGGCCAGGCAGUCACCACAGGCUCUCAGGUGUGGCAAGGCUGCUCCGGGACUGCGCCAGCCCGGGCCAGGGGCCCAGAGGCCCCUCAGUCCCACCUGCUCUCCGCCUGUCUCCUCCUGCAGUGUGGGAGGAACUGUGCCAGGGCCUGAAGGGCCAAGGUCACCUGUGCCGUGGCUCCACCCCUCCCUGGCUGUGGGAUCAGCCCUCCGCCCAGCUAGAUGCCACGCUAAGCCCGGAGCCAGUGAAGCCGGCACGGCCAGCGCUGGUCCUGAGUCUGGCGAAAACGACCCUGAAACAGGCAGUCUUGUCGGCCAGACCGGAUGUGGCCGCACAGCAAGGGCGGAGGCCCGGGGGUGGACACAGCCGACGGCCCCUGCGUGCAUCAGCACUGGCGCCCCCAGGUGGCUCCACGAGGAAGGAGCUCCUCCGCGCCAGCCAGGAGGGGCCGCUCCAACGCCCCGGCACCCGCAGCAGGCAGCAGAAACACCCCCCAAAACCCACACCGCGCGCGCCACUAGGACUGGGCUCAGGCCACUCACAGCCACUCUGGACUUUGGCCUCGAGUCCUGGAGAACUUCUGAGGCCAGGGACCCCGGGACACACUGCGGGGAGGUACGUGGGGCCUCAGUAAGGGUCAAAUGACUGAUCCCUUCUUUUUCAGUUGUUUAUCGUGGUCAAGGACACAUAAAAUUUACCAUCU